AUGCUCGUUAUUGGAGGAAGUAAUGGAGGAGAAUAUUUCAAUGAUAUCUCUAUCUUAAAAAUUCAGCUCAUAAAAGCGAAAAUUUCAUUAUCAUGGCUUAGCUCAAAAGAUUUCGAAUUAAUAGGAGAACCUCCUUCACCUAGAGAAGGUCAUUCUCUUAUAAAAAACGGAUUAAACCUAUUCUUAAUAGGAGGCUGCAAUUAUUCACUAUCCCAAUGCUAUAAUGACAUUUUUUCGCUUAGAUUCGAUAUAAAUUUAUCAGGAAAAAAAUCUUUAUUUUGGAACAAUCAAAAAAUUGCAAAUCCCAAUCAAUCAAUUCCUCCAAGAGAAAAACAGCUUGCUUUAGGAACUGACUAUGGAGGAUUUCUCAUAGGCGGGCAUGGACUUUUGCAUGAAUCUCACAUAGAAAAGCCUUAUUUUUUAAUGUUAAAAGCUAAAUGUGACACUUAUUGUGAAGAAUCUAAUGGUAAAUUUUCAAAUGGGGUAUGUGAAUGCAAAGAAGGAUUUUAUGGAGAAUCUUGUGAGCUGUCUUAUUGCCAAAACAACUGCAAUGACAAUGGUAAAUGUGAAAUUUCAACCAAAUCCUGCAUCUGUUAUGAUAAUUUUGAAGGCCCUGAUUGCUCUGUCACAAAUCCCCCAAAGAUUUCUUCAAUCUCCACCCCAGAAAACACAACAAACCCCAUUCUUCUGCAAGAAAAUUUUGAGCUACAUGGUAACUGUCCUUCUAACUGUCGAAAUCGUGGGGUCUGUGAAAACGACAAAUGCAUUUGUCUCCCUGAAUAUUUCGGGGUUUCCUGUGAAUUUCGGCAUUGUCCUUAUUCUUGUGGGAGUGAACAAUCACGAGGAUCUUGCAAUCACAAAACUGGAAAAUGCGACUGUUUUGAAAAUUUCGGAGGAGAAAAUUGCGAAUUUGCUUGUCCUUAUGGCUGCCCUGAUGGAUUUAAAUGCACUGGUGAUUAUACUUGCAACUGUGAAGGAUGUGAGCUGCCGAAGUAUUCUUUGAACUGUAAUGAACAAGGAACUUUGGUAGGUGAAGAAUGCCACUGCUUGCCAGGAUUUUGUGGGAAAUUUUGUGAUGCGAAAUGCCCAGACUGCAGUGGGCAUGGAAAAUAUAAAGGAAGCUGCUGUGAAUGUGAUGAUGGGUAUUUUGGGGCAAAUUGCGAAAUUUCUUGUAAAAAUAGAUGCUCAGGGAAUGGGAAAUGCGAGGAAGGAAUAUGCAACUGUGAAAGUGGCUGGGAAGGAGAUGAUGCUAGUUAUAGUUAAUUAAUUCUGAUAAGAAUACUGGGCAGGAUAUCGAUCUGAAUUAAUUAAGCUCAUCCAAGGCCAUCGCGCGACAGCUCAGCUACUGCUCUCCGGCUGUUGUCGGUUAUACGUGGAUGGCUCUAGAGUGCGUAGGUUUUGGACUUGCUCAUAACUUGCUCCUUCUCAGAAUAAGCUAAUUAUGCGCUAGUCACUAUAUAAUGACCCUCUGCAGGACACCUGCAGCCAGGUGUUGUGACAGGGAAAACAGUACUUCUAGAAGAAGGAAAAAAUGGGUGAGGCUAAAUAAAGUCCACUGCACUUUUUUCAACCUUCCUAAAACCUAUAAAAAUAACUGUAAUUUUCAAUGGUUUUUGGCAUGAAAAAGGUAAAUUUUCUCAAACAGGGUGAAAAAAGUAAAGGGUGCUUUAAACAGCAAAAACAGAGGUAAAAGUGCAUAUCAAAAUUAUAUUCUAUCAAGACUAAGCAAAUUUAAUCAGAGAAAGCUCAAGAUAGGAUCGUAUAUAUAAACAGUAUAUAUUGCAUAAUAGCAAAUAGAAAACACAAUAUCGCCUAAAUGAACGUAAGAGUAUAAUACACAAUCAUAAAUUUUUGUCUUUCAAAAUUGCAGGAAAAAAGUAUGCUGUAAAAUAUAAAAUAAUGAAAGUGACGCAGAAUAGUUUUAUAUAAAAGGCUGAUAAUAGUCGAAAGAUAAUUCUGUUAGAAAGUUAAAUAUAUUAUAUAAAAUAGAGGAUCAAAAACUAUAAAGAAAUACAAGAAAAGUGAUUAUUAAAUAAAUUAUUAAAAAUGUAUGAAAAAGUAGUGAACAAAAGCACUAAAUCCACUCCGUGAGUGAACAAAAAAAAAUACAAAAUUUAUAGGAAAAUUUUUUGCAAUUUAAAAUAAUAGAUUUUUAUAUGUACUUUUUUCCUCAGUUUUUGCUGUUUUAAAAGAUCUUUUACUUCUUUCAUCCCCAGUUUGGAAAAAUCCAAAGCAUCAUUUGUAUUUUUAUCAUACUAAAAGCCAUUUUUGAAAAUUACAGUCAUUUUAAUAGGUUUUGGGAGGUGGAUUAAAAAGGUACAGUGCACACACUAUUUAACCUUUCAGAAAAAAGCCCUUUAGAAUAGGCAAAACCGAUCCGCAGAGUAAUAAUGAGAUGACUGCUCAAUUGAUAUGAGAUGCAAUAAUGAUUGCAAUCAGAGAGGGUUUUGCGAGCAUGGAGUCUGCAAAUGCUAUAUGGGAUAUGGUGGUCCUGAAUGUGAGCACACAAUCUGUCCUAUGAAUUGUACAAUUUUAAGUGUCAGAUAUGAACUCUACACUGACGCAGGGUAUCACACUUAUAAAUCUCGUGAAGACAUACCCCUGACUUUACAAGGGACUCCCAUUUUUGAAGUGAUAACAUCUGGAGGAUUUUGCAACGCAAAAACUGAAAGAUGUGAGUGCUACCCAGGGUAUUCUGGUACUAUGUGCGAUAUGUAAUUAUUAUAUAGUCAAAUCCCUUGCCCAAGAAAUUGCAGCUCCAGUUCUCAUGGAACUUGCCAAGAAAACGGCCUUUGUAAGUGCAAGACUGGCUGAAGAGGUGAUGACUGCUCUAUGAAGCCUUGUAUAAAUGACUGCAGCGGAAAUGUAACCAAUAUUUAGGGAAUUUGUACACCUAAAGGAGAAUGUAUUUGCAAUAGUGGCUAUACUGGGCCUGACUGCUCUGAUUUUUGCCCAAAUGAUUGUUCUGGGAAUGGAAUUUGUGAAAAUUCAGUAUGCCAAUGUAAUAGCGGCUUUACAGGGCAUGAUUGCUCACAAGCGAAAAGAUGCCCUGGAGACUGCUCUUAUAGAGGAUCCUGCACACUAGGAAAAUGUGUAUGCGACCCUGGGUAUUAUGGAGAAGCUUGUGAAUAUGAAAUUGCGUGCCCAAAAGAAUGCAAUUAUCAUGGAAAAUGCAAGCAAGGAAAAUGCUAUUGUGACAAUGGAUGGGGUGGAGAAGACUGUGGAGAGCCUCCGCAGUGUAAAAAUAAUUGCAAUGGCCAUGGAGUCUGUAAAAAUGAGAUGUGUGUAUGCGAAAAUGGAUGAAAAGGAAACGCUUGUGAGGAAAAAGAAGCAGGAAAUGGUGAUGAGAGCUGCGAUUGUAAUGGAAAUGGAAUCUGCAAAAAUGGAAUUUGCUAUUGUUUAAAUGGCUGAAAAGGAGAAGAUUGUAGUCAGCCUACUCAAGCUUGUGGGGAUUUUUUAAAUGGACAAUGCUCAGGCCAUGGAAUUUGUAAGCAAGGGCAAUGUGAGUGUAAUAUUGGAUAUUCUGGGAAUCAUUGUGAAAGAGCAAGCUGCCAAUGUCAAAAUGGUAAAUGCAUAGCUGGAAUCUGCACCUGCAACCCUGGAUUUAUAGGUAAAGAUUGCUCGCUGUCUUUAAAUUGUCCUAAGCAUUGCUCGAAAAACGGGAAAUGCUUGCAUGGUGACUGCUUAUGCAAUAAAGGUUGAACAGGGAAAAACUGUGAAAUAAAAAUUCAAGACGAAUGCAAUAGUCAUGGUACGUUUCAUCAUGGAAGAUGCUUAUGUGAGCCAGGAUAUUCAGGGUCAACUUGUACCUCUAAAGAAGCUGUAAAAUGCCUAGAAAACUGCUCAAAUCAUGGGAUGUGUCAGUAUGGACACUGCUAUUGUGAUCCUGGCUAUACAGGAGAAAUCUGUGAAAUAUCUGUUUCUUGUCCAAUUUCCUGCCCUGCAGGCUCCAUCUGUAUCUACGGCUCUUGCUUCUGUGAUUAGAUUAGAUUAUUAUAAGUUUGAGUGUGUCUUUGAGGUUUAUUUCAGCCCCUCUCUGCCUUCGCCAACUUCAUGCUCCUCGUCCUAGGUAUCACGCCCUUUUCUGUUGAAGUCACCAAAAUGUGGUGGCGUCUCCAUCCCUCGGGGAGAUGCACUCAGGUACUUCCUUGGACAACUCCUAGUGGUCGGCAUGAUCUAUCUGGGGAUGGGAUGUAGGAACGACCCCAAAUCCUCCUUCUAGUCCCCAUUGCCCUUCGCAUCCAAGAGUGUGGAGUUGUCGUAUGGAUCUGGUUUUCCUAGUCUAUGGUAUGGGGUAAAAUCCUAUCGUGGUGUCCCGACCAGGAGCAAAGCCCACCUCGGGCCAAACUCCAGGCCCCGGCCCUCUUAAACCAAAGGUAUAGGAGAAGUACGUGUCGGAUAAGCUGCCAUUUUAUUUGUGUUUCUUCUGUGAAGACGGCCAAAAAUGUGGGGAAAAUUCCUGCCCAAAUUCCUGCUCAGGCAAUGGAGUUUGUGAGAACUCAAAAUGCUUAUGCAAAGAAGGAUACCACGGAGAAGACUGCAGCUUACUUUUAAAAACCGAAUCAUGCCCUCCUCAUUCUAAAAGAAAUGGCAACAUAUGUGAAUGCGAGUACGGCUGAACUGGAGAAAAUUGCUUGGUCCCAGUGCCUAUCAAUUGUCCUGGCAAUGGUAUAGAGGUUUCCUCUAUAUAGCGCUGAAAGCGCAGACAUUUUCCCAGGAGCUUUCCAAGUUCGUCGGACCAAAUCGCUUUUUGGUCCGACCAAGGCAUUGAUUUGGUGCAACCAACCGAUAAAUUCCGAUCAGAAUUUAUCGGCCUUACAGCGCCAAACAUAGGAAACUUCUAUAUUUGUAAUGGUCAUGGAAGCUGUUUUUUUGGAAAAUGUUACUGUGACCCUCAAUACGACGGCGAAGACUGCUCCAUAAAAAAAUCAUGCCCUGACGACUGCAACUCUCAUGGAGUUUGUCGUUUCGGAAAAUGCUAUUGUAAUCCUGGUUUCAGAGGAAAAUCAUGCCAAAAAGAAGUAUCAAAGCACACAAAGUGUGACGAAAACUGUGAUGGGGUCUGCUUUGCUGGAAAUUGCUAUUGCCAAUCAGGCGAUACUUCCUGCACAGCUUUUUUACAGCAAGAUCAAAUUACCCCAAUACAUUGUCCUUUAGGCUGCUCAGGGAAAGGGAGAUGUGUCAAUAAUAAAUGCCUGUGUGACGAAGGCUGAAUGGGAGAGGCUUGCGAAGUCCAUAUUUUAUUAGAAAAUGCCCAAAACUGCAUUAAUGAUGGGCUAGAAUGCUCUGGAAAUGGAAUUUGCAAUAAUGGGAAAUGUUUCUGUGAUCAAGAUUUUACAGGCGUUUUUUGUGAAACCAGCAAUAAAUGCACAAAUUGCAAUGGAAAACAUCAAGUUUGUAACAAAGGCGGCAAGUGUGAAUGCGAAAAUGGCUGAGGAGGUGAAAAAUGUGAAGAAGAAAGCUCUUGCAUAGACAUCGACUGUGGAGAGCAUGGAAUUUGUAUGAACGGAGAAUGCUUGUGUAAAGACGGGUAUUCAAGUUCGUCUAAAGGAGAAAAGUGUUCAGGACAAUUUUUAUCAAUUUUAAAAGUGGCUGUAUUUUCAUCUUUAUUUUACGGUCUCAUUCUGAUAUGUCUUAUAUCUAUUUGCAAAAAACAGGAAUAA